GCGGCGCAAUAUGACGUGCUCGCGGUUAUGGCCCUCAACGUUCAGCGCGUCCUGAACCUAACUGUCUUCACCUUCCUCUCCUUGGUCCUGUUCCUCUGCAUCAUCCUGACUCCCGCCGAUGCGAUCUACCAGUGCUACAUCACGCAGCGCCUCACGAACAUCUUCAUCAUCACCGGCGGCUACGUUGUCACAUUCAUUCUCGCGGUUCUAAUCUACACCACGCGUAUAUAUACCAACCGAACCGUCCUCUCCGGCAUCCCCAAAGCAUGGAUCCCCGUCGAGCGCGAAGACGUCGGCAAGAGUGUGCGCCGACUGGUUAAGGAGGGUUUGGCGCAUAGUGCGAUCAUAGCCUACCAGGCUCGACCUAGGGACAUUGCAGCCGACGGACAUGAUUUCUCAGGCUACGAAUCGCUCCUGGUAGACUAUGACAAUCCACCCUGGGGUCAAGUCGAGCACCCCGGAUGGUCCUCGCCCUCAUGUCCUGACCUGCCCGACCUUCCCUAUCGGACUGUAGUCCAGGAACUGCCUCAUCUCAUCGAGGCCAAGGCAGUGUCACUCGCUCCUCCCGAUCCGAUCUUCACGGCCACCCAGCGGGCGCUUCACGCGCCAUUUCCCGAAACCGAAGAGUCCAUUCCUGACACGCGGGUGGUGGAAGUAUUACGGCGGCCGAUAUCGAUGGGUCUGCGGGGGUAUUUGCAGCAUCUGACUGCGUUGAAUGUGGUUGAUCCGCCGGAAAUCGGGAUGGAGUUUGUCGCUCUGUAUGAGCGGGCGCGCUUUUCGACGCGUGAGCUACACGAGGCUGAGUUCAGGACUUUGAUGCAUGUGUUUGCGGAGCUCCUGAGGGGAAUGAAGGUUCUGGACCCCCAGAUCUUGGAUGAGGUGCGGGGUGGUGGGAGUUCCCAGGCUGAGAGCGAGUCUCUUAUCGGGCCUUCGGACGAGGAAGGUGAAACCGAUACGGUGGAUUCCUAUGGCGAUAGUGAAGCCAUGUCGCGUGGCCGGAGUAAUAGUCUGCGGCCUUCGAAUGCGUCCACUUGGGACGGCGCUAGACAGGGUCGCUGGUCGCCUGUUUGGUCGAGACGCUCGGAGGCGCAGCGAACCCUGGCGCCUCCUCGGACGCCAUCGAUGCGGUCGCUUCGACGAGUACAGUCGAAUGUAUCUGGUAGCUCUGGAGGGAGCGUGAUUCGCCUGGUCGAGACCCGGAGCCGCUCAUUCUUCACCCCGACCCCCUCGGCAACCCCGCAGGACAGGAGUCCCAAAGACAGUCCCAAACCCCAGGAGGAGAAUGAUGAUGAUGCUACGCCAUCGGUCGAUACCCUUUUCCCGAAGACCGACCCCGCUGUGGACGGCGAGGAAUGUCUACACGACUGUGCGUCCUGCACGGUGAAAUACCCCGCCAAAUUCGAUGUCGAUCAGGAAGAUACCAUGUACGGGAAUAUUAAUGGCUGGUCGACGCAUGUGCUGGUUGCGACUGGGAAGGCGGAUUGGGUGAGGGAUGUUGCGGAUGAAGAGGGGAGUGUUAUGGAGGCGAUUGAAAAGGGGGGGUUGGUGCCUAGUAAUGGGAAACUGAAAUUGUCCGCCUCCAAUAUGCCCGUCCCGGAUGAAUAUCAUUAUCAUGAUGCGGGGAAACAACCUACGACUGUGUUGCUUCUGCCCAGGUUUACUAUCGUCGAUCAUGUCACGCCGCAGCUGGCGCCGGAUUUGAUCAAGUAUUUUGUGAAUCGCUCGCCGACGACUACUACCCCGUUGGUUGGUGGAAACAGCAAUGAUGAGAGUGAACAACAAGAGCAGCCCUCGACUGAAGAACAACAACAACAACAAGAAGAGAACAUCACCGACAUCCAAUCCCUCACCUCCCUCCGCUCCCGUCCCUCCCCUCACUCCGCCGUUAUCCUGCUCUGCUCCCACCGCACCCGCGACGCCCGCUGUGGACAGUCCGCGCCGCUUCUUCGCAAGGAAUUCGAGCGCCAUUUGCGUCAUCUAGGCCUGUAUAGGGACAUGGAUGAUGAGAGGCCUGGGGGUGUGGGAAUCUAUUUUAUCAACCAUGUGGGUGGACAUAAGUAUGCGGCGAACGUGAUUAUUUAUCGCAGACGGGACUUUGAGUGGUAUAAGAAGACGGAGGGGACUGAGGAGGAAGAGGGCGCGGCGCAGGGUAUCUGGCUUGCGAGGGUGAGGCCCCAGGAUUGUGAGAAUAUUGUGCGGUAUACGGUGCUGCAAGGGAAGGUGGUUAAGCCUGGGGAGCAGUUGAGAGGUGGGUUUGAUAGGGAGAGGGGGGUUACGAGUUGGUAG